AUGGGUAAUCGCUUAGGCAGUUGCGUCUUCAAGUGCGGGUACACCUUGUAUGCCGAUACUUGCAUUGGGCGUUGUAUCCACGAUAAGUACAUUGAUGCUUUCCAGAAAGAGUUCGGAGAAAAUGCUGUUCAUUCGCAACUGACUCCAUUUGCGUUCAAUGACCUGCUGAUACUCCCGAUCCCUGUACUGACCAGCAACUAUGCCUACCUAGUGGCCGACGUCUGCGACAACAACUUCGUCUUGAUUGAUGUGGGUGAUGCUAGUCUGAUCAAAAAUGUUCUGUUCGAGCCGGAUGCGAUACUCACCACACACAAACAUUGGGACCACAGCGGUGGAAACAAGGCCAUGAGGGCAACCUUCCCCAAACUGAAAAUAUAUGGCGGGGCCUUGGACCGUGUGCCGGACAGCACACAUGGUGUCUACGACGGCGAUGUCCUUAUAUUUGGCCGACUUAAGUUUACUGCAAUGUGGACGCCUGGCCACACGAAAGGACACAUCGUUUGGAGAUUACACGGGGACAAGUUUGGAACCUCUGACUGUCUCUUCACAGGCGACCAUUUGAUGCUGGCUGGCUGUGGAGCUGCGUUUGAAGGUCCAGUGAAGCAGCUGAUCCGCUCCUUGAACCUGCUGAAAGUAUUGCCAAACGACACGCUUGUGUGGCCGGGACAUGAAGUCGGCCUGGAGAACCUACAGCUUGCAGCUUUUAUCGAGCCGGAGAACGCUUGUGCUGUGGUCAAACUGGUCUGGGCGACAACUCAGCGAGAAGCUAUGCUGUGCACCUGUCCGUCCACAUUAGGUGAAGAGAAGAAGUACAACCCUUUCUUGCGCACCAAUGACGAGUCCUUAUGGAAAGCUUUAGGGAUCUACGACAACGUCAAGAAAAAAACUCUGAAACAAGACGAUAUUGGUUCUGUUUGCUUUGAAUGCAUCAUCGCAAAGGCCAUGGACAUGCGUCGACUAAGACACACCAUCGAGAAAACCAACGAAUCCGGAGAAGAAGGGACCGGUCAACAGGUAGAGGCGGAAAGUAAUGUAGACGCGCGGAAGGAUACCACUACAGCACCUGAUUGUUGUCGGCCAAUCGCUGAUCAGGCAACUACAAAAGAAACCGCUAGAUGA